CAGAUGUCCGAGUAGCGGCGGCUCUGGCGCUCCGCAUCCUCUGUCUGCGGCGGCGGGCGCUGGCGGCCCCGACCCCUGCCCGGUCCCCUCCCCCAACCCCAUGCCUCAGCUCUAACCCCGCCGCCCUCCCCCACGGGGGGCAUUUCCCCGUGUCCCCUGCCCGCCCCGUCCAAGUCAGGCGCCAUGAACGACCAGUACCACCGGGCGGCUCGGGACGGCUACCUGGAACUUCUCAAGGAGGCCACCAGGAAGGAGCUGAACGCCCCCGACGAGGAUGGCAUGACCCCCACCCUCUGGGCUGCUUACCACGGCAACCUGGAGUCACUGCGCCUCAUCGUGAGUCGAGGCUUCCAAUGGCCACCUGCACUGCCUCUCCUUCCUGGUGUCCUUCGGGGCCAACAUCUGGUGCCUGGACAACGAUUACCACACGCCGCUGGACAUGGCCGCCAUGAAGGGCCACAUGGAAUGCGUGCGCUACCUGGACUCCAUCGCGGCCAAGCAGAGCAGCCUCAACCCCAAGCUGGUGGGCAAGCUGAAGGACAAGGCCUUCCGCGAGGCGGAGAGGCGCAUCCGCGAGUGCGCCAAGAUGCAGCGCAAGCACCACGAGCGCAUGGAACGGCGCUACCGGCGCGAGCUGGCCGAGCGCUCGGACACGCUCAGCUUCUCCAGCAUCACGUCCAGCACCCUGAGCCGCCGGCUGCAGCAUCUGGCGCUCGGCAGCCACCUGCCCUACUCGCAGGCCACGCUGCACGGCACCGCCAAGGGCAAGACGAAGAUCCAGAAGAAGCUGGAGCGGCGCAAGCAGGGCGGCGAAGGCACCUUCAAGGUCUCCGAGGACGGACGCAAGAGCGUGCGCUCGCUCUCGGGCCUGCAGCUGGGCAGUGACGUGAUGUUUGUGCGCCAGGGCACCUACGCCAACCCCAAGGAGUGGGGCCGCGCCCCGCUCCGGGACAUGUUCCUCUCCGACGAGGACAGCGUCUCCCGUGCCACACUGGCGGCCGAGCCUGCGCGCUCGGAGGUCAGCACCGACUCAGGCCACGACUCCCUGUUUACCCGCCCGGGCCUGGGCACCAUGGUGUUCCGCAGGAACUACCUGAGCAGCGGGCUGCACGGCCUGGGCCGCGAGGACGCGGCGCUGGACGGCGCGGGCACGCCGCGGGGUCGGCUUCAGAGCUCCCCCAGCCUCGACGACGACAGCCUGGGCAGUGCCAACAGCCUGCAGGACCGCAGCUGCGGGGAGGAGCUGCCCUGGGACGAGCUGGACUUGGGCCUGGAUGAAGACCUGGAGCCCGAGACGAGCCCGCUGGAGACGUUCCUGGCCUCCCUGCACAUGGAGGCCUUCACCUCCAACCUACGGCAGGAGAAGAUCGACCUCGAGGCGCUCAUGCUGUGCUCGGACCUCGACCUCCGCAGCAUCAACGUCCCCCUGGGACCCCGCAAGAAGAUCAUGGGGGCCGUGCGGAGGCGGAGGCAGGCGCUGGAACGCCCGCCGGCCCUGGAGGACACAGAGUUAUAACAGGGACUCCUAUCCCCAUACCAAAAGAGUUGCAAGUUGCCACACCCACGGUGGGACCACGAGGUCCUCACAGUUGCCAGCCCUGCAGCUCCCCAGCCGCUUCCCGGGAGCAAGGACCAUGCGGUCAUCUCCCUUGAAAGCCUGUC